AGCUUCACUGCAGUGUAGAGGAGGGCAGGACGGCUCUUUUAGUACGAUGCGCUGAAAGGAUGGUGCACCAGGAGAAACGCGUUUAUCAGGUGUGCUGCUGAAGAUCAAGUCAGCCAUACUGGAUCUGUGGAUGUGUGAACGGGAGUGGGCUCAGAGGAAUGAGAGGGAGUCAAUCAGGCAGAAACUUGCCCUUGGCAGUUUCUAUGACGACGAGCCAGUCAUCUACACCAGCUGCAGCAAGAACGGCCCAUCCUCCCGGCUACACGGUGGGGUGAACCUGCAGGUGUGUUUUGUUAAUGACAGCAGCAGUGACAAAGACAGUGAUGCUGAAGACAGCAGGACAGAAACCAGCCUGGACACACCGCUGUCACCUGUGAGCAAGCAAAGCUCAUCGUUGUCAGACCGGGACACAGCAGAGGAAGACUCAGAUCUUUUAGAUGACUGCAGCGGGUUUUGGAGGGUGCAGCGAAGGCUGCAAGAGGAGGCCCGAGUGGCACUGGCUCUCGCUCGGCCUAUGGCUCGAAUGCAGGUGGAGGUGGAGAGACAAAUCCAGCUUCACAGACGUUCGCCUGUGGCUGACCUGCUCCCCCAUCUGCCUCACAUUAGUGAGGGCUUAAUGAAGAGGAAUCUGAAGCGAGGGGACAUGAGAGACAUGAGUCUUGGACAGCUGCAAGUCAUCACAAAUGACUUACACUCACAGAUUCAGAGUCUAAAUGAAGAGCUGGUACAGUUGCUGCUGAUGAGGGAUGAGCUGCAUGUGGAGCAGGAUGCCAUGCUAGUGGACAUAGAAGACCUCACCAGGCAUGCACACAGCCAUCAGAGGCACCAGGCAGAGAAAGCAGUCUCUAAAUAAACGUCCUGUCUACAUGUCUUUCUGCACGUUGGUCAACUUCUCAUUUCAUGGACUGUCACUAGUGUUGCUAUUGAAACUCCAUCAUGUGCUGACUGUUUCUGGGAAGCCAAACGCAGUAUAUAGUAUUAACAUCUAAAGUAUGUUGCACUUCAUAAUGCUGUCUGAGAAACCCCAAAGCAAGUCUAAAAGGAGGAGAAUAGCUGAUUCCAGUACAGACACAAAUGAGACUCUACAGGCGUGUCACUCUCACUCAGCAUGAUUAAUUACGCCACAUUUCAUAAGUUUAAGGGAAUCCUCUUAAUUUCAUCCCUGACCUUUAUUCAGCACUCAGCUAUUUUUGCACAUACACGCAUUUUUCGAUAAGCUUUGUUUCUUCAGGCUCUUCAGAUGGGCUCCAUCUGAGUUAAAACUUUAACAACUAAAACAAACAAACAAAAAAAAAACCAAAACAAAACAAAAAAAGUAUAGUUUGCUUCUAUAUUGAUCAAGUGGUUUAUUUCUAGAUGUGCUCCUUUUCACCAGUGGUUUAUCAUUUGUUUCACUAUGAUCACUGUGCCAUUGCUGUUUAUCAUUAGACUUUACUGCAAGCAUCUAAUGUGUGCUGUUGCAACAGAAAAUGAAUAACACUCUGUAUCUGAUAAUAUGCUGCAACAAAUUUAUGAAAAUGAUUCUGGCUGCUACACAUUCAUUUUUUUUAAAUAUGUAAUGAGAAAACAGGGUGGCAUCUUAAACAGCCUCUUAAUAGAAAUAUGCAAUUUUUUUUUCCUUUGUGUUCCCAGGGUUAUACUUAACUUAUCAAUACUCAGCAUAGAAAAUGUAUUGAAAAAUAUAUCACUAAAUCAUGAUCUAUUUUAUCUGUUUAAAGGUUUAUGGAUAUCCUAUACGUAAAUGUAGAAAAAAAAAACCCAAACAAACAAAAAAAAACUUUAUUAAAAGGAUGUACUACAUGCCUUGAUGUGUUUCACUGUUUUCACUCAGCUUUUUAAGAAUGUAAUUUCACACAAAGUUGAACUUUUUUUGUUUGCUUCGUUGACAAAUGUACUGUUUAAUGAUUGUAAAAUUAAAUCUAGUAAUAAACUUCUUAAGUGUG